AUGGAACUGAUGACAUCAUUUAAGAUAUAUUUUCCUGUGGAUCCGUACGGGAUAAAGACCUAUAUAUCAAAUUGUGGGAGCGGUUUUUAUGCCAACACAAUGCUCACACUGACAUUUCUGUCCAUUUGUCGUUGCCUAAGUGUCGCCAAACCUCUGUGGUUUAGACAUAAGCUCGGGACAAAAAAGGUCUCCGUUUUAUUUCUCUCAAUCAGUGCUCCGUUUUGUUUGUCAACAAAUAUUCCCAUCUUAGCUCUGAUGGGGAUAAUACCGCUCUAUGAUGCCAGGAUCAACAACACAAGGCCUUCGUUGUGGAUUUCACCAGAAAGGAAAUGGGUGACGUAUGUCGUCUGGCCAGUCAGAGGAUCCUUGCUUCCACUUAUUGUUCAGGUUAUUCUAAUCAUUACUUCUGUGUUAAUGACCAAUCACAUGAAAGCAGCUUUAAGAUUUCGACAGAAACACACAACAUCGGCUAUAGCAUCCACUCAAUCAACUCAGUUUAAAAUCGACAGCCAAGAAACCAACAACAAAACAAUAACAAACGAGAAGAACAAGUUAAGUGGCAAGGAACUUCAGAUCAUCAAACAAAUGAUUCUCCUGUCUGUGGUGUUUACUGUGAGCAGUUUACCAAAGAUGUGCAUCCACACUGUCGUGUUUUUUUACCCUGAGUAUUCUAUCGACGGGAAAUACGGGAGAAUGUAUGAGACAGUUGACGUCAUGCGGGAUACAUUUCAAAUGCUGUAUUCGUGUUCCAAUGUUUUUAUAUACUACAAUUACAAUUCCAAGUUCAGAGAUAUGUUUUGGAGAUAA